AUGUUUCGCACCGGGGCUGGAUUCACCCCUGCCCCGCGGCUCCGGGUCACCCUGCGGGGAUCGGGGUGUUUGGACCCACGGAGGGCGCAGAGUGGAAACAAAGCCCAAAGGUGUUUGUGCCCCAUCGUGUCCGGCUUGGCCGGCGUGUCCGCCAUCAGCAUCAGCAAAGCCAUAAACACACAGGAAGCACCAGUGAAGGAGAAACAUGCCCGCCGGAUCAUCCUGGGGACCCACCACGAGAAGGGAGCCUUCACCUUCUGGUCCUACGCCAUUGGGCUGCCCCUGCCCAGCAGUGCCAUCCUCAGCUGGAAGUUCUGCCACGUCCUGCACAAGGUCCUGCGUGACGGCCACCCCAACGUUCUCCAGGACUGCCAGAGGUACCGCAGCAACAUCCGAGAGACGGGGGACCUGUGGGGCCAUUUGCACGACAGGUACGGGCAGCUGGUGAACAUCUACACACGGCUCCUGCUCACCAAGAUCUCCUUCCACGUCAAGCAUCCCGAGUUCCCCCCAGGCCUCGAAGUGUCGGAUGAGGUGCUGGAAAAGACUGCAGGGACAGAUGUGAACAACAUCUUCCAGCUGACGGUAGAGCUGUUUGACUACCUGGACUGUGAGCUGAAGCUGUCGGAGUCAGUUUUCAGGCAGCUCAACACCUCCAUGGCCGUGUCGCAGAUGUCGGCAGUGCAGUGCCGCCUGGCCCCCCUCAUCCAGGUCAUCCAGGACUGCAGCCACCUCUACCACUACUCUGUCAAGCUGAUGUUCAAGCUGCACUCCUGUCUGCCAGCUGACACCCUGCAGGGCCACCGGGACCGCUUCCACGAGCAGUUCCGCAGCCUUAAAAACUUCUUUAAGAAGGCAUCUGACAUGCUCUAUUUCAAGCGCCUCAUCCAGAUCCCGCGGCUGCCGGAGAGCCCCCCAAACUUCCUGCGGGCGUCCGCGCUGGCCGAGCACGUGAAGCCGGUCGUCGUCAUCCCCGAGGAGGCCCCCGAGGAUGAGGAGCCAGAGAACCUCAUUGAGAUCAGCACAACUUCCACCACAGAGCCACAGAUCACCUCGGAUCUGUUUGAGCAAACCUUCGGGCCGCCCAACGGCGUUUGGGAUGACAGGGAUGCACAGAUCGAGAGCCUGAAGAAGGAGGUGGAAACGCUCCGUGCAGAGAUGGAGAAGAUUAAACUGGAGGCACAGCGCUACAUCACCCAGCUGAAGGCCCAGGUGAACAGCCUGGAGGGAGAGGUGGAGGAGCAGCGCAAGCAGAAGCAGAAGGCGCUGGUGGACAACGAGCAGCUGCGGGACGAGCUGGAGAGGCUGCAGAGGGCCAAGGAGGACAGUGACAGGUCACAGCGCCUCUGCGCCGAGGCCGAGAAGAAAGCCAACGCCACCGAGAUCCGCUACACGAAGCUGAAGGAGAAGCACAGCGAGCUCAUCAACACCCACGCCGAGCUCCUGAGGAAGAACGCUGACACUGCCAAGCAGCUGACGGUGACACAGCAGAGCCAGGAGGAGGUGGCACGUGUCAAGGAGCAGCUGGCAUUUCAGGUGGAGCAGGUCAAGCGAGAGGCUGAGAUGAAGCUGGAGGACCAGAGCGUGCAGAUGGAGCAGCUGAGGCAGGAGCUGGACGCCCGUCGGGACGAGCUGGAGCAGGCGCAGCGCUCGCUCAGCCACGCCAAGCAGGCAGGUGUGGAGCUCAGUGCCCAGCUGGAUGCUCUGCAUGCUGAGAAGGAGGUGCUGAGGCGGUCGGUGAGCGAGAAGGAGUGUGAGCUGCUGUCCACACGGGGCCUCGUGCAGGAGAAGGAGCUGCAGCUGAGCCAGGAGGCAGACAAGGCCACCAGGGAGAUCCGAGAGCUCCAGGGCAGGCUCCUGGAGAAGAGCAACCAGGAGCAGAGCCUGCAGCAGAAGCUGCUGGAUGAGCAGUUUGGAAUCCUGCAGGAGACAGUGAGAGAAGCCCAGGCCAUCCUCACUGAUGCCUUGGCCAAGCUGGAUGACCCCCUGCACCUCCGCUGCACCAGCUCCCCAGAUUACCUGCUGAGCCGGGCGCAGGCGGCGCUGGAGUCCACGGAUGCCCUGGAGAAGGGGCACGCGCAGUACGUGGCCUCCAUGGCAGAUGCUGCGGGGCUGGUGGGGGCUCUGGCCCUCUUUGCACACCUGGCAGGCGACACCAUCGUCAAUGGCAGCGCCACGGCACACCUGGCCCCCACAGACCACGCUGACCGGCUGACGGAGACGUGCCGGGAGUGCGGGCAGAGCAGCCUGGAGUACCUGGAGCAGCUGAAGGACAGGCAGAGGCUGGGCAGUGCCCAGCUGGGGCACGUGCAGGGGGCACUGCGAGGGGUCCUGCAGCUGGCACAGGAGCUGAGACCCAAGAGCCUGGACAUCAAGCAGGAGGAGCUGGGGGACAUGGUUGAGAAGGAGAUGGCCUCCACCUCAGAGGCCAUUGAGGAUGCUGUCAGGAGGAUAGAGGAGAUGAUGAGCCAGGCCAGGAACGAGAGCUCUGGGGUUAAGCUGGAAGUGAAUGAGCGGAUUCUGAACUCCUGCACGGAUCUAAUGAAGGCUAUCAGACUUCUUGUAACAACAUCCACAAACCUACAGAAGGAGAUAGUGGAAAGUGGCCGGGGGGCAGCAACAACUCAGGAGUUUUACGCCAAGAACUCGCGCUGGACCGAAGGGCUGAUCUCUGCCUCCAAGGCCGUGGGCUGGGGAGCCACACAGCUCGUGGAGUCUGCAGACAGGGUUGUCCUGCACACAGGGAAGUACGAGGAGCUGAUUGUCUGCUCCCACGAGAUCGCUGCCAGCACAGCCCAGCUGGUGGCUGCCUCCAAGGUGAAGGCUGAGAAGAGCAGCAGGAACCUGGCCAGGCUCCAGGAGUGCUCACGCAACGUCAACGAGAUGGCAGCAAACGUGGUGGCUUCCACCAAGUCGGGGCAAGAGCAGAUAGAGGAGAAAGACACCAUGGACUUCUCGGGCAUGUCCCUCAUCAAGCUGAAGAAGGAGGAGAUGGAAACGCAGGUGAAGGUGCUGGAGCUGGAGAAGCGGCUGGAGGGCGAGCGGGUGCGGCUGGGCGAGCUGAGGAAGCAGCACUACGGCCUGGCCGGGGGCUGCGAGGACGCGCCCGAGGACGGGGAGGCCCGGCCGGCGCCGGCGCCACGGCGAGGGAUCCUGAAGAAACCCCCCAUAGCCCAGAAACCCGGCCUGGGCGAGCCAUAGCAGCCCCCGGGCCCACCCUCCUCCCGCGGUGCCUUCGCGCUGCUGUGCCUUCCUCGGCGCCCAGCCUGGAAACCAUCCCACACUGGAUCAUUUCCUGAGGAAUAGAUUUUAUUUUUUGUUUUCCUUUUUUCUGAACUCUAGAGUGGCGGGGCUCCUGCGCUCCCCCGGCACCACUGAGUGCUCUUCUCCUUUUCCUCUUCCUCCUCUUUCCUUUUCCUCUUCCUCCUCCUUCUCUUCCUCCUUCUCUUCCUUCUUCUCUUCCUCCUCCUCUUUUUCCUCCUCCUCCUCGCCUGCCAACUGGCUCUCCCUGUUUAAUUUAAUUUGGGGUUUGUUUGGGUUAAUUUUUUUUUUUUUAAGGACUUUAUCAGCACUAGAAGUUUUCAGUAAAUGUAGCUCUACUGUACUGCUCAGACCCUUUCCAAGAACUGUGAACUGGUUUUACAGUAGGAAACUGGUGGGCUUUUCUUGAAAGCAUUUUUUUAAAUUCCCCUUUUUCCAGCCUGAGGAAUAUUUGACUUCAUUUUGGUGUGAGAUCAGCCCUCAGCAGGAAGGGAAACGUUUGCCUUCCCCAGCACAUGGAGCAGGGCUUUUGUUAGGGAAAAGCAGUUACUGACACACACUGGCAAUAAGGAUACAAACGUUUUUAUUUUUUUUUCCUUUUCUAUUUUUUAUUACUACAGCAAUGUCAAGGGAUCAGUUGCAUUAUGUUUUAUAUUUAAGAUAAUUAGCAGAAUUAAAUCUAACUGUGGCCUGUGGGAGCCAGGGACUAGAGAAGUCUGCAGCAAUAAGGAAUUGCUGAUGUGGAGAGAUGCGGGGGCAGAUUAAAAUCCUGUCAGCUGUGUCUCCCUUGGAGCAACUACCAGGAUGUAGAUUAUUAAAGGAGAAAUAUUUAAAAUA